UAUGAAAAAUAUAUGGUUAAACUAUUAUCAUCCACAAUGAAAAAACGGUUUUAGUUCGCAGUAAUAUAAAAGAUCAUCAACAUGAUGAAGACAAUAAUGAACAAAAAAAGAACUAAAAAAAAUUCGUACAGCCAUUAAACUUAAAGCAAUUGAAAAUGUUUAUGAAAAGCCAAUAAAAAUAUAGCCUAUCUGAAGCUCCGAAACAUACAAAAUGCACGGCGUUUGCUAAUUAUGUACUUGAAAAGUUGAAAAUUAUAUUAACACGGAACAAUUUCCUCCUUCAAUGUGGGCUGAAGAACCUAAUGGAACAAAAAGAACGACUAACGGUGCUGAAUCAUACCACAGUCAACUUCGGUUUGAAUUUUAUAUGCCAUAUCCAUCUGUUUUUCAAAUUGAUGUUUUAAUAGAUCAAAAAGUGAUUAAUGAAGCGAAAAUGCGAGAAAUUAAAAAAAGAACUGAAGCAAUACAGAGGAAAUGUGAUCGGGAACGAGGAGCCAAUUUGGAGCCUACAACAAUAUUCAUAUUUAAAAUACUCUUGGAUUACGUUAAUAUGCUGAAUAUUUGUCUAAAUAUUGAAAAAAAUAUAUAA